GCUAACAUGGAGAUGUUGGAAAGACAUGAAUCAGCUGGCAGCCACCACAUGUAAACAAAACCACGCGUCGGUCAAGACUCAAGCAGCACCACUUCGUGUUGUCUCUCGUGACCCUCUGGUGCUUCCUUUAGGAGGGACACAGAUGCUUCCUGACAAAAUGCAGGAAGGCAACAAACGCAUCCUGGAGGAGGAGGACAGUGAUGAAGAAGUGAGUCCUUCACUGACUGAAAAGCCAAUCAAGAAGAAGACAACAGACAUGGAUGAUGAUGAUGAUGGCCUAGAGGACAAAGAGAAUGUGCUUGCUCAGUUCCAGUCUGAGUCAGGCGAGGCAGCCGGACCUCCUGUGGAGUUGCCUUUGAACCUACCACGGGAAAAACUACAACAGAUCCUCAAUGUUCUCCUUCAGCAGGAAGAUGAAACACCAUACAGUUUUUUUGUGAAUGAGAAGGAGAUAACCAGCACGCUGAGAGCAGCACUGGAUAGCUCAGCCAGUGAGGAGAGAGUGUUGACCAUCUUGUACCAACCCCAAGCUGUGUUCCGAGUACGGGCUGUGUCCAGGUGCACGUCGUCUCUCCCAGGACAUGCCGAGGCUGUCCUGUCAGCCGCCUUCAGUCCAGACGGGCAACACUUGGCCUCAGGCUCUGGGGACACCACUGUGCGCUUCUGGGAUGUCAACACUGAGACUCCUCAUUUCACUUGUAAAGGCCACAAACACUGGGUGCUGGUCACUGCGUGGUCCACAGAUGGAGAACGCUUGGCCUCGGGCUGCAAGGCUGGUCAGAUCUUCAUAUGGGAUCCUAAAACUGGAAAACAGCUGGGCCGAACAUUGACUGGCCACAAGCAGUGGAUCACUUCUCUGUGCUGGGAGCCGCUCCACCUCGCUGCAUCUGGGAAGUGCAUACGCUUGGCCUCUGCUGGGAAGGACGGCGAUGUGAGGAUAUGGAAUACCAGCUUGGGCUCCUGUGAGAAGAUACUGUCCAAUCAUCUGCAAAGUGUGACGGCGCUGCGCUGGAGUGGUGAGGGGCUCCUGUACUCUGCCUCCCAAGACAGGACCAUCAAAGUGUGGAGAGCCACUGAUGGUGUGAUGUGCCGCACAUUGCAAGGCCAUGGCCACUGGGUCAACACACUGGCCCUCAACACUGACUAUGUAUUACGAACAGGUGCUUGCAGUCCUGAGGCACUCAUGAAGGCCAGGCCAGAGGUGCCAUCACCUGAGCAGAGACAGCAGUGUGCCCUCACCCAGUAUAAGAAGGUGUUGACCUGUGCUGGGGGAGUGGAGAGGCUGGCAUCAGGCUCAGAUGACUUCACCUUAUUCCUCUGGGAGCCUUCAAGGGACAAGAAACCUGUGGCACGCCUCACUGGCCACCAGCAGCUUGUUAAUGAUGUCAAGUUCUCCCCUGACACACGCACCAUUGCUUCUGCCUCUUUUGACAAGAGCAUCCGGCUGUGGAGCGGCCUGACUGGGAAGUUUCUAGGAGUGCUGCGAGGGCACGUGACGGGUGUGUACCAGAUAGCUUGGUCAGCUGACUCCCGUCUCCUGGUUAGUGGCAGCAAGGACUCCACUCUGAAGGUGUGGUCAGUGGCUACCAGGAAAAUGGAGAUAGAUCUUCCGGGGCAUGCAGAUGAGGUGUUUACUGUGGACUGGUCCCCUGACGGUCAGCGUGUGGUGAGUGGAGGCAAGGACAAGGUGCUGAAAAUAUGGAGGAGAUAAAGGUGACCUUACAUAAAAAUGUUUCCAAAAUUACCAUUGCCAUCACAUUUUGUAUCAUCUUUGAAUAAACCAUACUAUGUCUAA